GGGCUUAGGGGCUAGAAACCGAAGAGUUCACGGCAGUUAGGUGUAGCCGCCAGGUGACCGCAGUGGAGUUAGAGGGAAGUCAGGUUGCAGCUCCCCAGGAGCAAGAGAGUUCAAGUGAAGGAGGAGGAGGAGGUUCCUUGACUUGUAUUCAUCAUUUCUUACAACACACCCUUGACUCAGAUUUCUGAACAAAAAUUUAAGGGAGAUCCCGAAGAGACUAAAGACAAGGCAUAGCAGUUACAGGGUAUUUUCCGAAACAGAAGAAAAUGACAAAGGCCCAGGGUAUCAAGUCAGCAAAACUCAUGUACUCUCCAAACUGGAACAAGGAGAACCACUCUGGACAUUAGAAGAUGAAAUCCACAGUCAAACCCAUCCAGUUGAUCAUUUUUGUCAUCGGCAUAUAAUUUUUCAAGGUGGCAAAUGUAUAGGCUGUGGAAUAAGAAGAAACUGCUUCUGCCUCUGACUUGGGUGAAAUUGGUGUGGAGUUUUCUUAAAAUUCUUUUUCAAGUAUAAUGCCAAGUUCAAAAAGUAGAAUAUUACAGUGCCCCACAUGCCCUCAUCUCACCUUCAUCUCCUCUCUCCUCUUCACAGGUUCUAAUCUACAGGAACAAGAUGUUUCAUUAACAGAAGAAGAAGGAGGUUCCAGGGUUGGGAAAUCAUCGUUUCUGAUAGUAACUUGACCCAGUAACUUCCUGGCAGGUCCAGAACAGACAGAAGACAGAGCACACCAUAGUCCCUAGCCUUUUCUUAAGAACAGGAAAAAAUGGCCAAGGCCCAGGGAUCGUUAUCAUUUGAGGAUGUGGCUGUGGACUUCACCAGAGAGGAGUGGUGGUUUUUGGACCCAUCUCAAAAGGACCUGUAUAAGGAAGUAAUGUUGGAGAACUACAGUAACCUAGUGUCAGUAGGAUAUCAAGGUACCAAACCAGAUUCACUCUUCAAGUUGGAGCAAGGAGAACCACCGUGGGUAGCAGAGGGAGCAGCCCAUAGUCAAACCUGUCCAGGUUUUGUUAUCCAGAAUAGAAGAUAUGCAGGAAAGGAUUCUGAUGAGUUUGGUGGAUAUGGAAAAUCAUGUCUCCACAUCAAGCAUGAUAAAACUCUUACUGGAGUUAAAUUCCAUGAGUAUGUUAAACAUAGUACCAACACUAAAUCACUGCUCAGUAGCAACACUAAAUUACAGCUCAGUGAGCAUCAAAAAACUUACACAGGAAAGAAACCAUAUGAAUGCAGUGAGUGUGGGAAAGCCUUUUCCAAGAAAGCACAGUUCAUUAGACAUCAGAGAAUUGAAAGAGGAGAGAAACCUUAUGGAUGCAAUGAAUGUGGGAAAACAUUUAUGAGGAAGAUUCAGCUCACUGAACAUCAGCGAAUUCACACAGGAGAGAAACCCCAUGAAUGUAACGAAUGUGGAAAAGCCUUCUCCAGAAAGUCACAGCUCAUGGUACAUCAGAGGACUCAUACGGGAGAGAAACCUUAUGGAUGCAGUGAAUGUGGAAAAGCCUUCAGCCGGAAGUGCCGGCUCAGUAGACAUCAGCGAUCUCAUACUGGAGAGAAACUCUAUGGAUGCAGUGUAUGUGGGAAGUCAUUUUCCCAGAAGGCAUACCUCAUUGCACACCAGAGACUUCACACAGGAGAGAAGCCUUAUGAAUGCAGUGAAUGUGGAAGAACCUUCUUUUUUAAGUCAGACCUGACGAAACAUCAGAGAAUUCAUACAGGAGAGAAACCUUAUGAAUGUAGUGAGUGUGAAAAAGCCUUUAGAAGCAAAUCAAAGCUCAUUCAACAUCAGCGAACUCAUACUGGAGAGAGACCAUAUGCAUGCAGUGAAUGUGGCAAAGCCUUUGCCCACAUGUCAGUCCUCAUUAAACAUAAGAAAAUUCAUACAAGAGAGAAAGCUGUAAAUUCUUUGAAGAUGGAGAAACCUUCCUCAGUGAGUCUUACCUCUUUAUAUGUGAGUAAACUCAUACAGGAACAAAAUCCUAUCAAUACAGUGUCUGUUGAAAUGCCUUCCUCAGGAACCCGGUCCUUAUUAAACAUCAGAGAGCUCCUAGAGAGUAGAAAUGUCAUGAUUGUGGAACAGCCUUUUCCAAGAAGUCAAGCCCCAGUAGGUAGUUGGGUAUUUGCACAGGGAAUAAGCCUUGCAAAUGCAGUGAAUGUGACAACACCUUCAGGAAUAAAUUAUGUCGUAUAUGUUACAGAUAUUGUGUAG